UACUAAUCCGAAAUUUGCCCUUUCGCGCCACCCUCUCGGUCUCGGGUGUUUUUCUCCCUCCUUCCUUCUCCUUCUCUAUGCCUUAACCCCUAAAUCGAAACUGAAAAAUUAGGGUUUUCUUUAUUGUUAAAUCUUUGAUUAUUCCAAUUUUCUAGUCUUGGCACGUGAUUGAAUUCACUUUUUUCCGUAAAAAUUGAAUGGCAAUUUUUUUGAGCUAACUGCUUUAUCAAGGAGGUUUGUUUUUACCCUUUUACUUUAUUCCAAAAUUCAAAAAAAGUUGCAGAAAUUAUUUUAGAAGGUUACAAGUUGUUACCUGAUAGGGCUCAGUAUUUGAUUGACCCGCCGAACAAUGCAAGCCUCAAAUUCUAUACUUUUGGCAUGUGACGUGUGCAAUGCGUGAAGAGGGACGAAAUGGGGACAGAAGAUAGAAAUUCAAUUGCUAAGUCAAAACCUCCAAAACAGAAGGAUUCCAGGGUAGUCAGGAGACUAGCUAAGUCUCAUAAAGAUAAGGAAACUUCAGCUGCACCUGCACCUUUUCCAGCGCCGCUUUGGUUAAAUUCUGUGCAGGUCCAAGACAGUAAUAGAAUCCAGUACACUCAAGAUGGUUUUUCUUUGCCAAAUUCUCAACUGCAUUACUUGCCUCAAUUAAUGCAACCUAACCCAAUUCCACAAUUUUAUCCUGGUUUUUAUCAUAUGAAGUCGCCACAUGCAUAUUUUAAUGCUGUCGGGGAUUCCAUGCUGCCAAUCUCCGAGAAAGGAAAAGAUAUUCCAAGAGAAAAAGACCUGGAUUCAGGCAGAAGUAAAGACGAAGGUACAAGUUACAGAAAUCAUACCCAUGAUCCUUCAAGAAGUGCUGCUAGUGGUGAUGAGGCCUCACCAGAUGGAAGGGAUGACGCUAAUCAGGAUCUUUCUGCAACGAAGAAGCAAAGAUUGAAUCAGACAAAAGCAGAUGACUAUAUAAUGGUGGACGGUUCUGCGUCAGACGUGCUUGAGCCUGCUCUGAACUUGGCAAUAAGUAAUAGUUCUGCUGGGUCCAUAUCAACAACUGCAAAGAUUAGUGAUGUUUAUGACCUGAGAAAGCAAAGGAGGAGGCAACUGAAUCGGGAGUCAGCCAAAAGGUCAAGAUUACGCAAGCAGCAAGAACGUGACAAACUAGAAGCAAGAAUAGAGGUGCUGAAAGGUGAGAGCUCUGCGCUCUGCCAGGAACUGAAUAGAGUUUCAGAGGAAUGUGGGAGGCUUUAUGAGGAAAACAAACUAAUUAUGGAAGAGCUAAUCCCGAUGUGCGGGCCAGAUGAUGACCUUGCAGCUUUGUGGGCUGAACUUCAUGCUUGACAACUCGAGCGUACCUAGAAGCGCUUCGAGUUCAAUCUCUAUUUUGAAGCAAGAAAGCAAUAUCUAAAUAUACUUGAAUGCUGUGUUUAAAUUGGAGUAUUUAUACAGUAUAUGUUUCUCAGCCAAUGGAAGAAACAUUUUCUCCUAUAUUUGCUAUUCAGUUUAACUUCGCCCUGAA